AUGGCAUUCUUAUUCAAACGAAAUCCCAAAACUCCAUUUGAAUUAAUUAAAACUUUGAAUGAUUCAUUAUUAAAAUUAGAUUAUAAUGAUAAAAAAAUACAAGAUGAUUGUACAAGAUAUCUUAAACAAUUAAGAAUUAUAUUACAUGGUGAAGAUGAUAUAGAACCACAACAGGAUCAAAUAUACAACAUAUCACAAGAAAUAUUCCAACAAGAUUGUUUAUACCACCUCAUAAUUAAUUUAUUAAAAUUAGAUUUUGAUUCGAGAAAAGACGUAUUUAUCAUAUUUUCAGUAUUAUUACGACGAAAUAAAGAACAACAAAAUCAACCACCACCUCCAAUAGUCAAUUAUUUAUUAAAUUCGCAACCUGAAAUAUUAUUAAUUCUUUUAAGAGGUCCAGAAACUCAUGAAAUUGGUAUUAUAUCUGGUCAAAUUUUACGAGAAUGUAUUAAAUAUGAAACAAUAAAUAAAUUUAUACUUUAUAAUUCAUUAUUUUGGAAUUUUUUUAAUUAUGUUCAAAUCCCAAUUUUUGAAUUAGCUACAGAUGCAAUGAUGACUCUAAAUGAUUUAUUAACAAUUCAUAGAAAACAGGUUUCGGAAUUUUUAAAUGAUAAUUAUGAUAAAUUUGUAACUACAAUUAAUAAUUUAAUUGAUUCGGAAAAUUAUGUUACAAAAAGACAAAGUGUUAAAUUAUUAAAUGAUUUAAAUUCGUCAAGGGCAAAUUCAAAAUUUAUAAAUAAAUAUUAUGAUGAUACGGUAAAUUUAAAAAAAACAAUGAGAUUAUUAAGUGAAAAUCUGAAAAAUUUGCAAUUGGAAGGAUUUCAUAUAUUAAAAUUCUUUAUGGCAAAUCCAAAAAGGUCACAAAAGAUAAACGACUUAUUAAUAAAGAAUAAAAUAAACUUUCUUAUAUUUUUGAAAAAUUUUGAUGUUGAAAGUUUUCAUGAUCCAACGUUAACUGAUGAAAAAGAUUUCGUAUUACAAGAAAUUGAAAGAUUACCGGAUAGAAAAGAGUAA